GAAAUUUGUUUAAGCUGUUCAGCAUAUGUCACCACUGAGUUCCAGCGCUCAAUUCUUAUCAAGGCCACUUUGUAUGCUUUACCUGCCGUUAAGAUAAUAGCUUCGCUUAUCUUUAUGACCUGGUUUUAAUGAUCACAGUGUUUUGUGUGAUGAAGUAGUCUAUUACUAUGUCGUCACGACGUGAUUCUUGUUUAAGACUUAGUAAACCUUGUUUCUGUGAAUUGUCAAACAUACCUCACCAUUCUUGGAAAAACUUAUGCAAUAUUGAAGGUGGCCCUAUUGGACGUGGGUUUGCUGGUAAAGUUUACAAAAUUACUACUAGUAACAUGGAGCUACUGGAUCCUUUGAUAGCAAAAAAGUCCCAACUCGCAGCAACAGUGUAUUCGGAUAUUACUUAUGUUGAACCUGGAGAAUACUUGGCUUGCAAGGUGAUCCGUAGAUUUCGUGGAGGAAAGGAUACUAUUUCUAAAAUUACCUCUGAAGUUCAAGCUAUGGUCAGUUUGCAAAGAGAUCAUCUUAAUACUUAUCAUAAUUCUGUGUAUAAUAAGCCAUCUGAAAAGCCUUCCAAAAUUUGUAACAAUCGACUUCCUCCUAAAUCAGCCUCACCUACACUGUUUGCAGUUUAUAAAGACUCAAUGGAAGUUGCCAUUAUCAUGGAGUACGCUAGUGGUGGAUCUUUAUACGACUUGUGUAGAUCUGCUUAUCUGUGUGAUUUUGCUGCAAGUUCAACCGGUUCUCCUUGCGGAGAUUUAUCCGUUCGUAAUUCUGGUGUUUCUAAUCCACACACAACAAUCCCACAGUCGAAACAUCCUGGUUCAUUUGAUGGAUUGCCUGAAUCAUAUAUUCGUCAACUACUAACCAGCAUCCUUGAAGCUUUGGUCUACAUGCAUGAUACUCUUAGAAUGGUUCACUUAGAUGUUAAAGCUGAAAAUCUUUUACUGCGUCAACCCUAUCCAUCUACUGAUGUAUUUUUCACAGAUUUCGGUUUAGCGACCAUAUUAACUGAAGGUAAACAACAUCGAGAGCUUGCAGGAACUCCUGAUUAUGUUGCACCGGAAAUUAUUAACUAUGAUCCUAUCACAUUUGCUACAGAUAUGUGGUCUGUUGGAGUUCUUACAUAUUAUCUACUUACUGGAAUCUCUCCAUUUCUUGGUGAAGAUAAAUAUAUCACAAUGCAAAAUAUUACUCAUGGUACAAUUACGUAUCCUGAUUCCCUUUUUAAUAAUCGUUCACCCGAUUCAAUUGACUUUAUUCAGCGCCUUCUUCAACGUUCACCGACACAACGUAUGUCUGCCAAAGAAUGUCUCAAUCAUCCUUGGCUCCUCCAAUCAUUCAAUCAACCAAUCAUAAUCGAAACAGAAAUUAACCAUCAAUCAUCAGAAACCACAUUGUAUAAUAACGAGAAUAGUAUUAGUGAUGAUAAUAACGUGAAAUACGCUAUUGAAUUAUUCCAUAUAGAUCCAAUCGUUGAAAUUGUUAAUGAAUUUAUGUCACCAGUUUGUUUAACCCAAUUUAUAGUACAAUCUCCUGUAUAUAUUGUUCCAUAUGUAGAUGUUGUUAGUCAAACAAAUUUUGUCAAACUAUUGCCUUCACUAAAAUUAUGUGUUGAUUAUCUUCCUGUUGUCAACUCAGCAUUAUCUACACAAUUUACCCCUUCAAUAAACAACCACCCAUCAUCAUCCGAACAGUCUAUUAGAAAGAUAUCCAAAAAAUUAAUCAAUGGACAUUUCAAUCUACUUGAUAGUCUGUCCGAGUUAACCAAAAUUUGUUCGAUUGAUUCGGACAAUGACAAUCGUUAUGUUGAUACUGAAAGGGGUUAUCAGUUGAUGAAUAGGCAUCUCAUGGAUAUACAUGAUAAAUCAAGAUCAUUAACCAGUUAUUAUAAACCAUCCAUCAACAGCUUGUGGAAUUCUAACUUAGUUGAGUAUAAUGGUGGGGAAAAAAACAAGUCUAGUGAAAAUUAUGUAUCAAUUAGUGUAUUUAUUUCAAAUUAUUUACAAGAAUAUCAAUUAUUCUUAAUGUUUUGCGACUUAAAUUAUGAUAAAUUACUUCAUCGUGAUUUUUAUUUUUUUGAAUCUGACAAUACUACUAAUAUUGUUGGUAGUAGUUGUAGUAGUAUCAAAAAGACUAUUGUUACAAAUGCUGAAUUAUUUGUAAAUUUUCCAUUAUCGAGCAAAAUGUACCACCCGAAGCAACAACAACGACAACCCAAUGAAAUAAUGCAGAGUAUAAUGAUCGGACAUGAUGAAACGAAGAAAGAAUUAAUUAAAAUAUCUAAAUAUACUACUGAUAUAAUGCCGAAAGUCAAUGAAAUUAUUCCGAAAAAAUUUGUAAAUUCACAUAUUUCUACAAUUCGUAUUGAAUUAAAUUCGUCAAUAUCAGAAAAAUUUAAACGAAUGAAUUCCUCAGAUGAUAAUUAUAAUUUUAAUCAUACGAGAGACUAUUUGUCCUAUGACUUUUGUAAGUUUUAUGGUAUUUUUAAAGUAUAAUUUAAUUAUAAAAAGAGGGUGAAUGGUUUUUAAUAAAUAGUAAAAUGAAUCUGGCGUAAACAUUCAAUGGAAAAAUGACUGUGCUACCUAUUAAUUAUUUUAAUCAAUUAGUCACUUACGCCUGUCACUCCCAAUGGAGCAUAGGCCGCCGACCAGCAUUCUCCAACCCACUCUGUCCUGGGCCUUCCUUUCUAGUUCUUUCUAGUUUUUUUCAUUCUUCUCAUGUCUGUCUCUAUUUCUCGGCGUAAUGUGUUCAUUGAUCUUCUUCUUUUCCUUUGGCCUUUAGGAUUCCGUGUGAGGACUUGUCUUGUGAUGUAGUUGGAUGAUUUCCUCAGUGUGUGUCCUAUCUUCUUCCAGCUCUUCUUUCUGAUUUCUUCCUCCACUGGGAUCUGGCUUGUUGUCUCCCACAGUAGAAUGUUGCUGAUAGUGUCUGGCCAUCGGAGUAUUUUGCGUAGGCAACUGUUAAUAAACACUUGUAUCUUCUGAAUAAUGGCUUUCGUAGUUCUCCACAUCUCUGCCCCAUAUAGUAGAACCGUCUUGACUCAAUUCGUAAACAAAUAUUUCGUUACGAAAAUAGGAAAUAUUGAAUUUCAUCUUUGUAGGAACUAAUGCUCCCAAGAUCACAGGUAUAUUUUGCUGACGAAAGCCAAAUAACAUGAAACCUAGGUCAAAUAGAGUGCACUGUUUACUACCUUCAACCAGUGAUGUUUAAAUCUGCCUCACUAAACUUUACAAUGAACUGCGCUAUUCAGGUCUCAACUAAUCUAUAAGUCUGAGAUAGAUCUUCAAUGUUUACCCUCGCAUUAUUACAUCCAAAGUCAGCAUUACGCUGUUGUUUAGACUAAAUCUUUUAACAACUGUAUGAUUUAUUUAAUUUUCAAGCUCAAUGUCAUUACUUAUUACCGCCUAUAAAGAUGUAUUUCGAUUUCUAAUUCUGUGACAUUCAAUCUAGAUGUCAAAAAUACUUAAGUCUUAGUGUUUAAAUAAUAUUCGUUUAUUAUUAUCUGAAUCUGUUAGAACAUCUCUUAACUCCUAAGAUGCUUUGAGAUGCAUAUUUUUUAUUGAAAAGUAUAAAAUUGUUAUCUCAUCAGUGUUAUUCACUUGAAGCAAUUGUGUAUGAACUGGUUUGUAUGAAAGGUAACAAGUUAGAUUGUAUAUUUCGACAUCUUUCCGUCGUAAUUUAAUAUAAAUAACAGUGUAAAAAUGUAAUACAAAGAUGAAUGUAUGAAUCUGUAACCAAUAGAUGUGUUAUAUUGUUGUUCAGUGCUGUUUAUGGUUUAUAAAGAUGAAAACCAGUUCCUACAUGACUCAGUAGGUAUAGUAAUGAAUUAGUCGUUUUAAAAUGAGUGAACAUUUACUGAUUAUACAAAGUUCUGUAUAAGUUAGACAUUCAGUAUAUAUCGAAAGUAUAAAAUUGAUUUUAUUCAUUUAUAGCGAUUCAAUAUUCUCUUCCUUCCUAUUCUAUAUCCUUAUAUACAACCUUUCUUUUAUAUAUUACCACAACUAAAUUAACUACUUCUAUGAAUUCGGUGUUUAUUUUGUUGUGCUAAUGAGAUAUGGCAACUUGAACCGAUGCAUAUAUGUGUCUGGUUCUACGUUGUAGCUGACUGAAUGACUGAACUUUGAUUAGACUUACAUGAGAAAUGCAUGAAAUGUAAUAUGUUUCGCAUGAGUUUUAUUAGUGUUCACUACUUAUAAGUAUGUCAUUCGAUAUUAUUUUGUUUAAGUAAAAUCUUGGCUAAUAUUCUAUGUGUAAUAUAGCAUAAUGCAUGUUUUGGAAUUGUAUUUUUGUUUCUAAUGUCAUACACAUCAAUGGUAUUUUAUUUGCUUGUUUUUAUUGACAUGGGAUGUUUUUAAAAAUGAUUCAGGUUGAAGUUUAAAUCACUAAUUGACUUAAGCUAGACAACUAUUGGAAAAAUAAGAAACAUUUCACCGCUUUUUCAUUUUAUUAUGUGGCUCUUCAGUAGUGCGCGUUCAUAACUUCUUAUCUUCUCAGUGAACAUACCGUUAAGUUGUGCAAUUGUUUAUAUUUUUAAAAUUUUUUAUCCAAUUAGCGAUAUGUAUAGCGUUAGUUGCUAUGUUAAGCCCACAUAGCUUAUUCUGGCUUCUGAACCAGCCAAUUUAUUCAUUCUUCUUGAGUCAUAUUUCGAUUUUGUUAAUUUUUUCACUUAUCAAUCCUGACUGUUUUUAUAUGAGCGUAUUUGUGUACAUUUAUUCUAUUCAACACACACCCAUUUUUAUCUGACUAUAAAUAUUGAUUAACGCUCGAUUAAAAUGAGUGGGCUCACUGGCCUUCUACAUUGCGCAUCAUUUCUCUUCGUCCCUCUGAUUGUCUGUACAAAUCAAUAAGUGUACAAAAUAUAUGUAUUCGAAAUCG